AUGACUAGUUCAGAUGGAGACCAUGAGGGCGGCGGGUUCCGUUCAUUGAUUCAGACAGAGAAGACGAAGACUGACCACCAUACGGUUUGCGAGAAGGUUGUCAUUGACAACGCCAACAACAACGAGGGCACCAACACCACUGGCGACGCCGCCGAGGUGCCCACCUUUGCCGACAUCGAUGCCGACGACCUUGUCGAUGUCAAAAAUGAACCUACUACGUUUACUGUCGUCCUUUCGGGCGACCAGGAGGGUUCUGUUUUUGAGGCUGGAAACAGCUACACGGUCACACAACUAGAGGCUUUCACCGCCGUGACUACACCAGAGAAGCUGCCGAGGGCGGCCAAGAUUGACGUCGCUUUGUCUGAGUCUGAAUACGUUGAGUUGGGGAGCUCGACGUUGGACAGUGGCAAGGGGACCAGCAAGAUGUCUGGGGUGAAGCCGCUGAAGAACCGUGAAAAGAGAUUUGCUAAGAAGGCCGCCUUGGCGGCUGCUCUUCCUGCUUUGCGGGACCAGAGCAAGAUGUUCAAGCUUUCGAAGCUUAAGAGAACUUGA